UUUAAGCUGAAGAUAGGAUGAUAUAUUUAAUGUGAAUAAAGACUAAUAUUUCUACUUAGUUGAUAGCACCUGUAAGGCCUUAUAGUGCCGCUGUUCUUGAUUUGUAGGUCACGUUACUUCGUGAAGAUGAAUGUUAGGAAUGCUAGACCAACCGACUUGCUAAACAUGAGAGAUUGCAAUCUAGAUUGCUUGCCGGAAAACUAUCAAAUGAAGUACUAUUUUUAUCAUGGUUUAUCUUGGCCACAAUUAUCAUAUGUAGCAGAAACAGAUAGUGGGGAGAUUGUGGGCUAUGUCUUGGCAAAAAUGGAAGAAGAUCCAGAAGACGUCCCUUAUGGACAUAUUACUUCUUUGGCGGUCAAACGGCCAUAUCGGCGAUUAGGGAUUGCUCAAACGCUGAUGAAUCUGGCAUCAAGAGCUAUGGUAGAAAAUUUUCACGCUAGAUAUGUCUCUCUUCACGUUCGGAAGAGUAAUAGGGCUGCACUUACUCUCUACAAAAAAACUCUACACUUUGUAGUAUCAGAUAUAGAACCUAAAUAUUACGCCGAUGGUGAGGAUGCCUACGCUAUGAAAAGGGACCUUAAGACAUUAUGGGACAAGUAUGGGCCUUCAGAUGUUCCUUUCAAAGAAUCGAAAAGCAAAAAUACUCAAUAAAUAUAUCACAAUACUUUCUUCUAAUUGCUAGUUCUUAUCAUCUUCUGGCUUAUGCGGUUUCAUUCAAGCGAUUGGUCACUGGUCGACAAAACUGCU